CUCGGCUUGAAAUUUGCAACUUGAAUGUUCCGUCAAACCAAAAUGUAUUUGUAAACAGUUUUUUGGAAACUUUCUUUGUGUCGUUAGCCUCUCAAAGCCCUCAAAAUGCAGCGCGAAGAGAAGCAAAUGGACAUGCUGCUGGAGGCCGUCCUCAAUCGGCUGAACGACCUGAAGCACUCGAUCGGCGCAAUGAUCCACCGGCUCGAGACGGAAUACGAAACCAUCAACUGGCCGACCUUUCUGGACAACUUUGCACUGAUCUCCGGUCACCUUACCGGAUUAUCGAAAAUCCUCUCGUCCGAGAUCGGAACUCCGCUCAGGAGUUUAACUGUGCUGCCGCUGCUGCUGACGCCGGAAAGAGACGAAGCCCUGCUCCAACUAACGGAGGGUCGCAUCCCGGUGUUCUCGCACGAUCUGGUACCGGAUUACCUCCGUACCAAGCCGGAUCCCGGAGCGGAAUCCCGUAUGGCAGCGCACGAAGCGAAGGCCAACAAUUUGCAGCCGGACACGGCGGCCAAGCAGGUUGCUCAGUACAAUAAGGUAAUUUCUCACGUUUGGGACAUUGUGAGCAAAGCACGGGAGGAGUGGGACACGGAAGCGUCGUCACGACCGGGCAUUCAGCAAACUAGCUCCCUGGCGGACACGCAGGCUCUGGUGGCCGCUGUGGGGGUUGGCAAUGGGUUGACGAUGCCGGUGGGACCGGGAGGGGUGCCCAACGCAGGCAUCAUGAUUCCGCCAGCCAUUCGGCAGGCUUCGCCGAUGAGUGCCGUGUCGCCAGGAGGAGCGGGACCCCUCGGGAAGAUGCCCUCGGGGAUCAAGACCAACAUCAAGUCGGCCAAUCAGGUUCAUCCGUAUCGUUAAAUAAAACUAGGAUUAUGAGUGUGUGGUAUGUCUAAUGUUA